UUCGACACCAGUUGUAGAUCCACCGCCGAGCGACGAACAUGUCCCGAUCAUUCCUCGUCGAUACGUUAAUCAGUGACACUAAAGAAAAGACGACUAACAUGUCCAGUGACAAUCCUUACACGAUGCUGAGUCAGCACAUGGACGCCAGACCGAAGUUCCUGCCGUACCCGUACCCGAGCAACCUGAACAACUUGCUGGGUCUGGGCCUGCCGCCGCGGACGCCUGAACUCUUCAGACCUUUCUUAGAGCACCUGAACUUCCGCUACCCUCUGAUGCAGCAGAUGCCCCAGCCAGAACUAUACGAGCGCAGUGAACCGAGGCCGUUCUACUUGAAGACUGAAGAGCAGGAACCUAUUAACUACGUCAACAGAAGGAAGAAGUCAGUGUCACCGUAUUUGCACCAUCCGUACAAGUCUGCAGCCACGUCGCCUUCGAAAAGCCAAGGUCAACGAUCUCCUUCACUCUCAGGAGACAGCAGAAACGGUACACCAAGCCCACCGCUAGCACACCCCGAGGAACUCCUCCCUGGAUACUCUAAAGACUUGAAACGUAUGCCGCUGAAAGAGGACUCCAGUAAGCGCAUCAGGACAGCGUUCACCGGCACGCAACUUUUGGAAUUAGAACGCGAGUUCUCCAUGAACAUGUAUCUCUCUCGAUUGAGGAGAAUCGAGAUUGCCUCAAGGUUGAAACUGUCUGAGAAACAAGUGAAGAUCUGGUUCCAGAACCGGCGUGUUAAGUUGAAGAAGGAGGAGAGCCCGGCGGCCGCCGACGGCCGCGUCAAGAAGUGCUGCUGCUCGAAGGCCUCGUGCAGCUCCAUCACCCGCCCGGAGGCCGGCUGCGACAACGACCAGGAACAGAUCGACGUGGUCAGUGAUAACGACAGUUUCGAAAUUCAAAAUUUAAGCUAUUCCUAAAAAAGUGAUAAAGACUGACAGUUUCAUAGACUUUAUUGUGAUUUAUUGAUCAUUCAGCAAGGAGGUAAUUUUGUAAACAACCCUGUUAUUAUAAUUAUAGACAUAAUUUGAGCCGAGAAGCAGAGUUCGUAACAAAAUGGAACGUUAAUAUUACCAUAUAAAUUGCUAAUUAGGUUGAACAAGGAGGAUAAUUCUGUGAAUUAGUAAUUAAGGAAAAUUGUAAAUAUUUGUUUGCCUAUUGUUAAGAAAUUGUAAAUAAUUAUUUAUGGGAGACGAUGUAGAAAUAUAUUUUUGUA